UGUACAGAAACAGAGCAGAAUUCCAAUUUUCCAUUCAUCGCAUAGAAAAUUUUUCACUCAAAAAUGAUUUAAAAAAAACGAACUGUGCUCAAUUCUAAUUAGAAUGUGAUUGAAUAAAAAAUAAACAAAGUGAAAAUAAUUACAUAAUGCAAUAAAAAACAAAGUUGAUAUAUGAAUAAAAAAGGGAAAAAGAAAAUUGAAAAUCUUUGACGACAGUGCACAGUGUUUUUUUUUCUCUUCAUCCAUCGCGGUCCACACUUUGCUAAUUUUUUUUUUCUGUCCCAAAAAAGGGAACAAUAAAAGAGCAGCACAACUAUAGUGUGACAAAUGAAAAUUUAACAUAUGCUAAAGUGAAAAGCAAGAUACAACAAAAAAAUAUAUAUUUCGCUGUGUGCCGUGGUGUUUCCACACACUCGUUUUACUCAAAAAAAAAAAAAUAUAAAAAGGAUUCCACCAAAAAUCCGUCGGGGAUUUUUUGAGAAUUUUUCCAAAUUUAUUGGUUUUUUCUUUUUGAUACAAAAUUCAAUUUCAAUCAAAAAUUAUGAUUCGCCACAAGAUGUUGACUGCUAAUAUCAAUAAAACUUCAAAAUCACUGUGAAACUGGGAAAAAGUUGAACGAUUUUGUGUGUAUUUUCGUCGGUUUUUUUUCUACUUUUUUUUUGUCAUCGUUGUCGUCCAUCUCCGUCGUGUGGUUGUUGGAAUUGUUUUUUUGUCGCUGUCGGUGUCCACCUCAUGCUCUCGUCAUUAAAUUCCAAUUCCAGGCGCUCCUCCAGCCUCGCCGAAAGCUAAUUGUCUUAUUCAUAGAUCCUUAAAGCAUUGAAAUUUUACACAAUUGGAACAACCUUUGUCGAUUUGUCAAAAACCUAUCCAGGACAUUCAGCAUUCCUAGUAACAAAUUCUAAGAAAUCAAAUAUUAAUCAUGUCUGGAAAUAAUCCUCAUGGCCAUCUUAGUCAACCUCAAAACUCAUCAUGGAAUCCACUUCAGAUACCGUCUUACAUUCCAAGGCAACCGCAAUUGGCACACAUGUCCAAUGAAAGGCCGAUGGUUCGUUCGCCAUUAGCUUGGCAUAAUCCAACGCCACCGGAAUCCCUUUACAAUUUCAUAUCGGCUAACCAUAAAAACCUAGAACAGUUGAAUCCUUUGCUGCCGUCGUUCGUCAGAGGUCCUUCCCCAUUCGAUUCGAUGGACUUGUCAUUGCAAUCGAAUCGCAAUAGUAGUUCCCCGCUAACAAAAGGUUUAACAGGUUCGGUGCCACCAGAGUUUGGUCAUAAACCACCGCCACUACCCUCCCAUUCACAAAAUAAUUUUCCCAUUCAUAAUUUAUCGACCAACUCGAAUGCUCAUCAUUCGCAAGCGAUGAGUUCGGCACCACCGCCACCACCUCUGCCGAAGUACAUGAAUACGAAUGGAAAUGAUGUGGAUAUGCAGCAACAAGCAUGUGGUCUUUAUAUCAGAGAUACUGAAAGAAUAAAUGAUGAUUACGCCAAGAUGACUAACAGGAGUUGUGAAAGUGAUAUUCAAACAAAUUUGACAAAACCAGUAGAACUGGUUAAAGAACCUACUUACACAAAUUUAUCAAAUAAAUUGAUUCCGAGCUCACCUAAAAAACUUUCUCCGCCAUCAAGUCACCAGCACCAAUUGCAACAACACCAACAACAGCAGCUUCAGCAACACCAGCAACAACAGAUGCAGCAGCACCAACAACAGCAGCUUCAACAACAUCAGCAACAUCAACAACAUCAUCAACAACAACAACAACAGCAGCAGCAUCAACAACCGCAUCAGCAACAUCAACAUCAGCAACAACAACAUCAGCAACAACAACAUCAGCCACAACAGCAUCAGCCACAACAACAUCAACAACAACAGCAUCAACCACAACAGCAUCAACCGCAACAACAACAUCACCAACAGCAACAACAACAACAACAACAAUUGCAACUUCAGCUGCAACAACAGUAUUCCUGUUUAACCAAUGGACCAGCUUCUCCCGACAACAACCGUCUCAAUCAUCUAGCCAACUUUAAUGCUCCUCUCAAUCAUUUGCUCACUGCUGCCGAAUCAACAACGGUUGGCACUUGCUUACCACCAAAAUGCGGUACUGAUCUGACAACUGUCACCGCUACAGAAAAUUCCUGCAACAGUGUCUCAACUAAUGACUCGCCAGCCAAUGUUACUUCCAAUGAAGACUCGGUCGAUUCAAGUGGAUCACGAACGCGUCGAAAGCGAAAACCUAACAAAACCAUUCGUGUCUCGCAUGACAGUGAGACAGAUGAAAACAUUUCACUGGGCGAGCAAGCAGCUGCCAAACCAGAUGAAAAGAUACCUCCAUCUCUACCAGUUAUUCCUGAAGUUUCCAAUAGCAAUGGAUCACUUUCGUUAAAGCCAGAAUCUGCCUUAACACAACCACCACAACAGCAGCAACUCCCCCAGCCGAAAGAUGAUGCAUGUUUCAGUGAUAAUCGUAUCCUAGAAGGUCCACCUCAAAUACCGGAUGCUCCUCAAUCUCCGUCGCCACCACCGCCUCCAGAAAAACAACAGCCACCACCACCACAACCACCAGUGAUAACUGAAACUAUCGAUUUGCGUUCCAGUACUGAAAGUGAUGAGGCUCUGCAUCCGCCAUGUGAGACAGCUAACACUAGUCUCAUGCAUAGAAGUGACUCGGACGAUGUAGAGACAAUAGAUAAAAUUGCGGAGAUGAUUGCCAACAGUAGUACUGGUACUAGUCGAACAAUGAAUUUUGAUGAUCCAAUUAGUAGCUGCAGUAAUGGCAGCAACAAAAAGGACCCAUCUUCGAGUCCCGUUGUGAUAAAUGAUGAUGAUGAUGAGCCAGAAAAAUCUCCUCCUUAUGUUCGCCAGGGUCCUCGCACUCCAGAUGCCAUAGCUGAUCCGCCAUCGGUCGAAACAACUUCUUGUAAGACAAGCGACUUGAAAAGCAUAUUCGAAACUUCAUCACCUUCUUCACCAGUGGAAUUAAUCCAAAACCAUGCACCAACAUCACCAUCACCACCAACACCACCACCUCCACCGGCGCCACCACUACCCACUCUUCCACAGCCGCAGCCUCCUCAACAGCCGCCACCGCCAGCCUCUCCGCGACCACCCUCACCACCGCCAAUUAUAGAAGAAGAAAAAGACGACGAAGUUAUGGAAGUUAUAGCAGCUCCUACCGAAAAACAAUCCUCACCAAAAACUAAGGUGGACAGUGCGAAGAGUACUUUUGAAGAGGUUGAAUACAAACUUGAGGAGAUGUUUGCAGGAAUCGAAGAUGAACCACAACCUGUAAGUGCUCCAGCUGCUGAUGAUACUGCAAAUAGCGAAGUAGCAACGGAUUUGAGUCUUGCCCUAGCGUUGCCACCACCCAAACCAACUAUCAAAGACGACGAAGAAGAUGAUGAAGACUCCGAGCAUAAGCCGUUAAGUGCGAUUGCUUCCACUUCGAAUGCCACACAAAAACGCCAACAUUCCACGCCAAAAAGUGAACCAGGACCCGCCAAGAAGAGAGUACGAUUGACAAAGAAAUCUUCGUCGAAUAAGAAGAACAAAGGAAAAGCUGGCACAUCGGGUGCUUCAACGAGUAAGGCAUCAACUGCUCAAGGAAAUAAGACUAAAAAUAGUGUAGGUGGAGGAAGUGGAUCCAAAGUGGUGGCGUCUAAAAUAGAAGAACCACAGCCUGUUGCAAUUGCAGCCGAACCUAAACUCAAAGGUCCAUAUAUUUUGGUUAAGCCAGAUGGUUCAAUAAAUGUCAUAAACGCUCCCAUUGCCGAAGAUGAUUCGGAGAAGGUUAGCAAGGUGAAGAAAGGUCCAAACACUCAUGCCGAUCGAAGUAAGAUUCGUGGUAUUCAUAUGAGUACGUUGGGCAAUAAGUAUGAUGCAGAAACAGCAGAUGCCACUUGGAUGUGUGUGUUCUGUAAGAAGGGACCACAUAAGUUUGGUCUAGGUGAUUUAUUUGGACCCUAUAUUAUAACGACAAAAUGUGAAGAUUUCGAAGCUGCGGAGAGGGACGAGGGUGAGAAUGAAUUCGUAAGUCGAAGGAAGAAAAGCGAAAUGUUCCAGAAGACGCCAUAUUCGUUGCCAGUUGUGCCAUCGGCGCAUUCAAAUGAAUCAAAUGUGAAUAACAAAAAGAAAAAGAAACUUGUUGAACCACAAUCUUGUACAUCAUCAGAAAAAUCACCUGAAGAUCGAUUUUUUGGAAUGUCCAAAGUAUCCGACAACAGCUAUGAGGUGUGGAUGCAUGAAGAUUGCUCAAUUUGGGCACCUGGUGUCUUUCUUAUUGGUGCUCGAAUAGUUGGCCUAGAAAAUGCCGUAUGGAGCAGCACAAAUUAUACAUGCACCAUAUGCAGUCUUAAAGGUGCAAUGAUAUGUUGUCUGCAGCGUGGAUGUGGUGCAAAAGCGCAUAUACCAUGCGCUAGACUUUCCUCCUGGGACCUCAACGAAAGUGACUUUAAGACCUACUGCGAGAAACAUGCACAAAUUGAAAUUGAUGCGUCAUCGUCAUCGUGAAUCUUAGUGUUUUCUCUUUAAAAACAAAAAUAAAUCCAUUCUAAAAAUCUUAUACAUAA